AUGCCUCAGCAAGACGCCUCGAACACGACCUCAGGCAUCCAGCUCUACACGGCGGGCACUCCAAAUGGGCACAAAAUCAACAUCCUCGUCGAAGAGCUUGGUGUCGACUACACAGUCCACAAGAUCGACAUCGCGAAAAAUGUACAGAAAGAGGACUGGUACCUGAAGAUCAACCCUAACGGCCGCAUCCCCGCCAUCGUCGAUAAGAACGAAGGCCGGAACAAGCGCGUCUUCGAAGGCGGCGCCAUCAUGCUCUACCUCUGCGAACGGUACGAUAAGGAGCAUAAGAUCAGCUUCCCUUACGACUCAGACGACUAUUGGGAGAUGGUCGAGUGGAUCGUAUGGAUGCAGAGCGGUAUCGGGCCCAUGCAGGGCCAAGCAAACCACUUCUAUCGCUACGCCCCCACCAAAAUCUCCUACGCCAUCGAGCGCUAUCAAACCGAGACGAAACGGCUCUACCGCGUCCUGGAAGACCGGCUGGUUUCUCGCGCCCCUGACUCCGACGGCAACCAGUGGCUUGUGGGAGGGAAGUACACGAUUGCCGACCUGGCGUGCUUCAGCUGGGUGAACUGGGCCGAGUGGGCUGGCGUGGACACGAAGCCGUUUCCCAAGGUCGAGAAGUGGAUGCAGGCGAUUGCGAGCAGGCCGGCGACGCAGAAGGGGGUUGAUAUACCGGAGAAGUUUGAGAUGAAGGAAGCGAUGAAAACCAAAUCCGGGGAGGAGGAAUAUGCAAAACAUCAUUCCAACUGGGUUAUGAAGGGGAUGGAGGAUGAGAGUGGGAAGCAUUGA